AUGGAGAACCUUCCGCCAGACUUUUGGGCCACAUCAGGGGCUUAUACUCCUCACAUCUACCGCGACCAGUACCCGUCAAUCGACCCUGCCUCAUCCAAGUUAUCACAGGCAGGCAAGACCAUCAUAAUCACGGGGGCUUCAGCUGGAAUUGGACGACGUGGGAUCGUCCCAGCAUUCGCCAAGGCUGGACCCAAAGCUCUCGUUCUGGUGGCACGCAGCCUGGCAUCCCUCGAGGCUACUGAAGCAGUCGUACGGGAAAUCAAUCCAUCCAUCAAGGUGCUCUUGGUUCCAACUUCCAUCUCGGACGAGGCUGCGGUGACGAGCCUCUACGAAACAGUGCGAACCACUCUGGGUCAUGCGGACGUCCUGGUGAACAAUGCGGGGAGUAACACGGAAGUGGCCUUGAUCGGAGACUCUACACCCGCCAAGUGGUGGGCAGAUUUCGAGACCAACGUCCGAGGAACGUACCUGAUGACCCGGGGCUUUUUGCAAUUGCUUGGUCCAGAGCAGAAAGGAACUGUCAUCACCCUCAAUACAGGGCUGGCCACGGCUGUGGUCCCGUCCUGGUCUUCGUAUAGUAUUAGCAAGAUUGCAAGCCUACAACUAGUCGACUAUCUAGCCGCUGAGUACAGUAAUGUCAGUGCUGUGAGUAUCCAGCCAGGCGUCGUCGACACUGACAUGGUCAAUGAGUCUUUCAAGCGUUUUGCUCAAGACACUCCGGAACUGGUCGGGGGAACAUGCGUUUGGCUGGCAACAGAUGCUGCUCGAUUUUUAAGUGGCAGGUUCGUCUCGGCCAACUGGUCAGUCGAUGAUCUUCAGGCGCAGAAAGAUCAUAUCGUGAGCAGCUCAGAUCUCAAAGUUGCCUAUCAGGGCACAUUUGGGCUCGACAAGAUCAGGGCAGCAGAGUAG